AUGGCACCAGAAUCGUCUCGUCGUCGCAGGCGAUCAGAUACCGAGAAUCCCGACAACGACAGCGAAUACCAGCACGAAAUCGGUUCCCCCAAGCGUCAGAGACUGAACGAUGAUUCGAAUCGUGGUUCCGCAAACAAAGAACCUCAUGCGCGACAGGCAAAUAGCACAUCGAGGGAAGACGACAUGAACAAUGGCUUCCAGCCAGGCGCUAUCGUUCGAGUCACCGUGGAAAACUUCGUUACCUACGAAAAGGCAGAGUUCCUUCCGGGGCCACAUCUGAACAUGGUUGUCGGUCCAAACGGCACUGGAAAGAGUUCUUUGGUUUGCGCCAUCUGUCUCGGGUUGGGUUACAGCCCGAAGCACCUUGGACGUGCCGGCUCUGUCAAAGAAUUUGUUAAACACGGCAAAGAUAUUGCCACGAUAGAAAUCGAACUUCAGAAACGACCAAAAGACACCCAGAAUUGGGUUGUCAAAGUACAAAUUCGGCGAGAACAAAACAACCAAAAGUGGUGGUUGAACGGCAAUGAGAGCAGCCACAAGCGGAUCCAUGCACUGAUGCACAAGCUCAAGAUCCAGGUGGACAACUUAUGCCAGUUUCUUCCUCAAGAUAGGGUUGUUGAGUUUGCCGCCUGUACACCCGUGGAUCUCCUGCGCGAGACCUUACGCGCAGCCGCCCCCGAAGAAAUGCUGGCCUGGCAAAGGCAGCUCCAAGAACUCGACAAAGACAAGAAAGAACUGGAACAAUCUACUCAUGGCGACGUAGAAACUCUGAGAAAUUUGGAAAACCGACAGCAAGGACUUCAAGCAGACGUAGACAGAUUGCGAGAGCGUGAGGAGAUUGUGGAACAAAUAAAAAACCUCAGGUCAGCUUUGGUCUUUGCCAAAUAUACAGAAGCCCGCACGAAGUUUAAAGACGCCAAAGAAAGGAAAAAAUUGGCGGAAAGGUCUUUGAGGCGUCUUGAACACGAUGCCGGUCCAUCGCUGGAGGCGGUAAAUACAAAACAACUCUACGCUCAACGCAUUGAUGAAGCAAUCUCGGGAAGGAAGACUGCUUUGAAAAACGCAGAGGAUGUUUCCAAGAAGCUUGCGCGGGAUACGAGCACCGCCUCUGAGAAUCUCAAGGAGUUUGAGAAUAGCAUUGAAGCGGAGCGCAAGGGAUUUGAUGCCAAAAGAAAAGAGCUUUCCCAGUCCAAGUCGAGGAUCACGUCCCUGCAGGCUGAUCUAAGAAACCGCCCUGAAGAGUUCAAUCCUUCGGACUUCAACCAAAAAAUUCGAGGAGAAGAACACAGACAGAGGGAGUUAGAAGGAGAGCAACGUGAAGUGACCGGACAACGCGAGGACAUCAAAAACAAAGGCAGAUCAAUCAACAACGAGAUUCGACAGGUUGAAGAGAACAUCAAGUCGUUGGAAACUCAACAAGGUCAACAGCUUAACUUCAUGCGAAAACAUUUCCCUGAUCUGGCAACGGCCUGGGACUGGAUACAGGAAAACAAGAACGAGUUCGAAAAGGAAGUUUUCGGCCCACCUAUGAUCAGCUGCUCCAUCAAAGACGAACGAUACUCGGAUCAAGUACAGUCUCUCUUGCAAGCAGAUGAUUUUACAUGCUUCACAGUACAAACAAAGAACGAUUACAAAAAGCUAUCAGACCAGUUAUAUCGUGUCCAAAGUCUGUCUGUCGUCAUUCGCUCGUGCGCACAACCACUCAGUGCUUUUCAGCGGCCAGUCAGUAUGGACGAAGCAAAUGAAUUAGGACUUGAUGGGUUUGCUGUCGACUUUGUCGAGGGUCCAGAACCUGUUUUAGCGAUGCUGUGUGCUGAGAAGAGGCUUCAUCAGUCAGGUGUUUCCCUACGGGAUCACAAUGAUGCUCAAUACGACCGCCUAGUCAGAAGCGGUAAAGUCAAUUCCUGGGCAGCUGGAAAUCAAUCCUUUAUCGUCAGAAGACGCAAGGAGUACGGACCUCAAGCUAUGACGGCUGUCACCAAGAGCAUCCCCCAGGGAAGAUUCUGGACCUCACAACCUGUUGAUGGACAAGAAAAGCGAGAAAUGAACAAGCGCCUACUGGAACUGAAUGGCGAGAGAGAUGUCUUCAAAGACCAGUACCGUGAAUUGCAAGGCAGAAUCCAGGACAUUGAGGAUCAAAAGAAUAAUAUUCAUGACAACAUUGUACGACUGAAGGCCGAGAAAAACACUUUGCAAAAGGAAUAUCAAAAGUGGCAGUCCCUGCCCGAAAAAAUCGAAUCUGAGGAACGUUCCAAAGCGGCUCACGAACAAUCCCUACGAGAUGCGCGCAAACGAAUGGUCGAGAUUCGAUAUGAGUGGGACGAAGCCGUACUUCGCCGAGCUCAAUUGGUCCUCCGCCAUAAGGAGGCAAUCGAGAGUGUUCGAACAGCGUACCAGGCUCUUCUCGAGGCCGAAAUUCGCGGGGUUGAAGCCCAUUCCGACGUUGUUGGCCUCAUGGCUCGGAACUCUCAUAUCAUGGAGCGCCUCGAUGCCGAGAAAGAGACGUUGAAACAAGCUACUGAGGAUGCCAGCCGAGCCCGAGAAGAAGGCAACCGUCUUUCUGAGAGAGUGCAACAAAUGAUUGACAGCGAACCAGAAAAGCGUGACCUUAUCUCGGAGCUCUGUGAAAGACGGACUCCCGAGGCUAUCCAAGAUGAUAUUGGAGCCGAGGAAGCCAAACUAGAGUGCAUGCACACACCGAAUCCCAAUGUGCUACGCGAGUUUGAGAAACGUGCCGAGGAAAUUGCUCGGUUAACACGCAAAAUGACUGGGUCAACCGACAAGCUCAAUGGUAUUACCCAAGAAAUGGAAGAAUUGAGAUCAAAAUGGGAACCUCGGCUCGACGAACUGGUAGCCCAGGUUAACAACGCCUUUGCAUAUAACUUUGAACAGAUCAGUUGUGCUGGCGAGGUCCGUGUCCACAAACCAGACGACUUUGACGCCUGGGCUUUAGACAUCAUGGUUCGUUUCCGUGAAAACGAGACCCUACAGCAAUUGACUGCGCAUCGCCAGUCUGGUGGCGAGCGAGCUGUUUCCACCAUCUUCUUCCUCAUGGCCCUUCAAUCUCUGGCACAGUCACCAUUUCGUGUUGUGGAUGAGAUCAAUCAGGGCAUGGACCCUCGCAAUGAACGAAUGGUGCACGAGCGAAUGGUUGAGAUCGCAUGCCGUGAGCAUUCAAGCCAAUACUUCCUCAUCACCCCAAAGCUCUUGACUGGCCUCAGGUACGACCCAAAGAUGCGUGUGCUUUGUAUUGCGAGUGGUGAGCACAUGCCCCGAGAAGGUCAGAAACUUAACUUCAAGCGAUGCUUAAGGGUCCAAAAGGGACUCAUGACUGCCUCCGCGUAG